AGCUCCCACGCUCAAGCUGACAGACAGAAAGGCACAGGCGCCUCAAGAAAGCAGCUCAAAGUCUGUGCACAUCCAAGGAGGACACUAUGAUCAAGAAAAUGUCCCCCUCGGAAAGCGACUUUGACAUCCCGGCCAAGAACUGCUACAGGAUGGUGAUUCUGGGCUCCACCAAAGUGGGCAAAACGGCAAUCGUGUCCCGCUUCCUCAACGGGAAGUUCGACGAGCAGUACACGCCGACGAUAGAGGACUUUCAUCGGAAAGUCUACAGCAUCAAGGGGGACGUUUACCAGCUUGACAUCCUGGAUACGUCUGGCAACCAUCCCUUCCCAGCCAUGCGCAGGCUCUCCAUCCUGACAGGCGACGUUUUCAUCCUGGUCUUCAGCUUGGACAACAGAGACUCCUUCAACGAGGUGCAACGCCUCAAGCGUCAAAUCUACGAGACCAAGUCGUGCCUCAAAAACAAAAUGAAAGAGAACCUCGACGUGCCUCUGGUCAUAUGCGGCAACAAGGGUGACCGCGAAUUCUACCGCCAGGUGCAGCGAGCCGACAUCCAGCAACUGGUGGACGGCGGCGGCGGCGACGACGACAAGUGCGCCUAUUUCGAGAUCUCCGCCAAGCGCAACGAGAACGUCGACCAAAUGUUCCAGGCCUUGUUCGCCUUGGCAAAGCUGCCCCACGAGAUGAGCCCCGACCUGCACAGAAAGGUGUCGCUGCAAUACUGCCACAUGCUGCACAGAAAGUCCGUGAAGAACAAGAAGAUGAAGGACGUCGGCGAGGCGUACGGCAUGGUCACGCCGUACGCACGAAGACCCAGCGUGCACAGCGACCUCAUGUACAUUAAAGAGAAGGCGGUCGGUGGAGGACAAGCCAAAGAGAAAGAAAGGUGCCUUAUCAGUUAAGAGGGAGGACUCCACGUAAGUUAAGGAAGGAAGGAAGGAAGGAAG